AUGGCUACCCCUAGUGUCCUAGCUUUUGACGCUGAGGGUCGCGCCAUUGAUUUUGAGGUCUGGUUAGACGACCUGCAGCUGUUCUUACAGUGCGACAGAGCAGACGGCCUUUCUCUCUUUGACCUCACCUCUGGCGCCUCUCCUGCUCCUGCUGCUGAUGCUGAUCCCACUGUCCGCUCUCAGUGGGCCACCCGCGAUGCUGCUGCACGUCUUGCUGUGCGUCGCCACCUCCCUACCUCUGAGCGUGCGCACUUUAGUCAGUACAAGAGUGCUCAGACCUUGUACGACGCUGUAGUUGCGCGCUACUCCUCCCCUGCCACUGCUGCACUGAGCCUCGCGCGCCUCCCUGACUCCCUUCGCGUAGUCAGGGACCACUUUCUCGCAGUCUGUCCCACCACCCUCACCGUCGACCUCCUCGAGAAGGCCCUCCUCGCAGCAGAGAAGAGCAUAGUCGCUGUAGGUGCUUCUCGUGGUGACCCUCGCACCCCCAUCUUUGAGGGGUGCUCUCCUUCCCCCUUGCUGCCCUCUGUUGCCUCUGCUGCUGCUGCCGACCUGCUUGGUCUUGAGUCGGUCGGCGCGGCGUCUGCCCCUAGUGGGAGACGUCGCUCUAGCAAGGGCAAGGGGGGCAAGGGCGAGGGGGGAGCUGGAGGGGGCGGUGGCGGUGGCGGCGGAGGCGGCGGAGGGAGUGGGGGUGGCGGCGGGAGUAGUGGCGGGGGUGGUGGUGGUGGUGGCAGCAGCGGCGGAGACGGUGGUGGUGGUGGCAGCGGUGGUGGAGGUGGCAGCGGCGGAGGUGGAGGCGGCGGAGGUGGAGGCGGUGGAGGCGGCAGCGGAGGAGGCGGUGGUGGUGGAGGGGGCGGAGCUGGUCGGGGUGGUACCCACCAGCGUAGCGGCGGUGGUGGUGGCCAGCGCUCGCAGCGGCAGCAGCAGCAGCGCUCGCGGGACAUCCCUCCGCCUCAGCAGCUUCGUGAGUGGUACACUGGGCAUCAGAGGGGUGGGGGUACUGGUCCCUGCACCUACGUUCUUCGUUCCGGCGACCGCGCGGGUGAGCAGUGUGGGGGUGCCCACUCCACUCAGCGCUGCUUUGGCCGCCUGACGGACGCUUGGCGUCAGCAGUUCCCCGGGGCUAGUGAGAUCCCUGGCUGGGAUGAGCUUCUUAGGGCUGGUGUAGCGAUCUUUGAUCUUGAUUUUGAUGCUAUCCUUGCCGCUAUGUAUGCUGUGACUAUUAGUGAGGAGAAUGAGGGUUACCGGUGUUUCCAGCCCGACCCGGGCAUUGGUACUGCUGCGCUAGGUGCUUGUGAGGCUGCUGCUCUAGGUGCCAGUGCGUCUGCGCUCUCAGGUACUGGUGAGACUGCGCUCUCAGGUACUGCGUCGCCCUCCUCCUCCCUCACUUUCACACUUGACUCCGGGGCUUCUCGCUCCUUCUUUCGAGACCGCACCACUCUCACGCCGCUUGGUCGGCCGGUUGCCGUCUCCCUGGCUGACCCCUCUGGGGGUCCUGUCCUCUCUCACUUCUCCACUGUCCUCCCGUGUCCGGCUGCCCCUUCGGGCACCCUGUCUGGACUGUACCUUCCCUCGUUCUCUACGAACUUGGUGAGUGGUGUGGACCUGCAGGAUGCGGGGGUUCACCAGUUCACUCCUGCGAGUCAACGGGUGACCCACUGCACGGACGCACGCACAGGCCGGCACCUGGCCACGUUCUCACGUCGGCCGGGGUCGAGCCUCUACACCCUGACCACUGCGUCUCCUCCUGUCCCUGCGUCUGGUCAGGUAGCUGCGUCAGGUCAGGUGCUUGCUGCUGCGUCCCGGUCAAGUCCUGAGUCUGCCCCCUGUUCUUGUCGCCUCCUGUCUCACGAGACUCUCCUGUGGCACCACCAUCUUGGCCACCCGUCCUUGCCCCGUCUUCGGAGCAUGGCUUCCCGUGUCCUUGUCUCUGGUCUGCCCCGGUCUCUCCCUCCCCUUCCCUCCGGGCCAGGACCUUCCUGUGUCCCCUGUGUCGAGGGUCGCCUCCGGGCUACUCCUCUCUCCUCCCAGUUCCCCCCGACAGAGGCUCCUCUGCAGACGCUUCACAUGGAUGUGUGGGGCCCAGCCCCCGUCCGUGGGCAGGGUCACGAGCGCUACUUCCUGUUGGUGGUUGACGACUACUCGCGGUACACCACAGUCCUCCCCUUGCGCAGCAAGGGUGCUGUCACUGAGGUGCUGAUCGACUGGAUCAGCGCUGCUCGUCUCCAGCUCAGGCAGAGCUUUGGCUCGGACUUUCCUGUUCUGCGUCUGCACUCGGACAGAGGCGGAGAGUUCUCCUCUCGCCUUCUGCGAGACUACUGUCGUGCACGGGGGAUCCGCCAGACCUUCACGCUUCCGGACUCUCCACAGCAAAAUGGGAUUGCUGAGCGCCGCAUUGGCAUGGUCAUGGAUGUCGCUCGUACGUCCAUGAUGCAUGCGGCUGCCCCCCAUUUUAUGUGGCCGUUUGCGGUGCGGUAUGCGGCGCAUCAGCUCAACCUUCACCCCAGGGUCUCUCGGCCCGCGAUGUCCCCAGUCUUACUGUGGACGGGGAAGGUUGGCGAUGCGUCGGUGUUCCGUGUCUGGGGAUCUCGGGCGUUUGUCCGCGACUUGUCAGCGGACAAGCUGUCCCCUCGUGCUGCUCCCUGUGUCUUCCUUGGCUUCCCCACUGACGCUCCAGGGUGGCAGUUUUACCACCCCUCCUCUCGUCGUGUUCUGUCCUCCCAGGACGUAGACGCAGUUGACCCGGUCGAGGUUACUGGUGACUCUGGUGCUGCUGCGGGUGCUGAGCCUGGGGGUGCUGACUCUGGGGGUGCUGUGCGCGAGGGUGCUGGGCAUGGAGGUGCUGAGCCUGGGGGUGCUGGGCCUGUGGGCGCUACUGUGGAGGGUGCGAAGCCUGGGGGUGCUGAGCUGGGGGGUGCUGUGCCUGGCGGUGCUGGGUCUGGGGGUGCUGAGCUGGGGGCUGCUGAGCCUGGGGGUGCUGCGUCUGGAGCUGCUGAGCCUGGGGUUUCUCCUGCUGCUGCGUCUCGCCGGGAGCCCCUCUCUCCACAGGAGCUGCGCGAGUGGUUCGCUCGCCGCUGGAGGCGUGCUGCUGAGUCUAGGGGUGCUGCUGGAGCUGGAGCUGGAGCUUCUUCGACCGUCGAGGGUGCGGGUGCUGCCGGUCCCGGAGCUGCUGGACCUGCGGGUCCUCCUGGAGCUGGAGCUGCUGAGGGUGUUGGUGCUGAGACUACUGCUGUUGGUCCUGCCGCUGGAGGUGUGGGUGGCGCUGGUGCUGUCGCUGAGGGUGCUGGUGCUGUCCCUGCUGAGUCUGGAGCUGCUGCGCAGCCUCGGCCGUACUUCCGCCGUGAGCCUGCGUCCCGUCCCGCGUCGCCUGUUCGUGCUGCUCGUGCUAGUGGUCGCAGUUCGCGUCAGCGUCCUCCUCCUGUCCCUGGCACGCACCGGAUGUCUCUGCGUCCGUCCACUGCUCCUCUGCGUGCCCCUUUGCCUUCUCCUCCUGAGUCCUCUGUUCCUGCGCUUGCCGACCCUGAGUCGGACUCUCUUCGUGCUGCCAGUCCUACUAUCACGCGUCUGCUUGCUACUGUCGUCACUGACCCCUCUUUUGAGUCCACUGCUGCGUCUGCUCUUGUCGCUGAGCUCGUUGACUUUGCUGCUUGCUGUCGUCUAGACUACGCUGCUAGUCUUGUUGCUGAGUCUGCGUCUGUCUGUCCUCCGUCCGUCGGGGGUGAGUGUGCUCUUGGCACGGACGUCCUAGAGGACAGGCAGGAGGAGUUACAGU